AUGACAGCAAAUUCAGUUAAUGACUUCACUGCGGAGAACCUGGAGAAGAAAGCAGUUCCACUCAACAUGUUCAAAGGAAAAGUUCUUCUCAUUGUGAACGUGGCGACCUUCUGAGGGUCCACCAUUGAAGAGUAUCACAAGAUGAAUGCACUCAUGAAGAUGUAUGGAGAUCAGAACUUCGUCAUCCUCGGGUUCCCAUGCAAUCAGUUUGGACUACAGUCACCUGAAGAGAAUCAUGAAACUCUUAAUGUUCUGAGGUGCGUGAGGCCGGGAGGAGGUUACACGCCCCAGUUCCCCAUCUUCAGUAAGAUCGAGGUGAACGGUGAUGAUGAGAAUCCUCUGUAUGCCUUCCUGAAGGAAUCUCUUCCAUUUGUAAACCCUGUCGUUGGAGACAUCAAGAAACUCCACUGGUCUCCCAUUAAAGUGAAUGACGUCCGAUGGAACUUUGAGAAGUUCCUCAUCGGAGCAGACGGAGUUCCUUACAGACGGUUUGAUCUUCGUUGUCCUUCUGAAGCCGUGGAGAAGCAUAUUGCGAUGCUUGUGAAGGGAAGCCACGGAUCAUAAUACAGAUUUAUCAUACAAUCACAGAGCAUUGAUACUUAAGAUUCGCUCCUGUGAUCUGUUCUCAGUGAGGUGUCACAGUGACGGUCCUUCAGUAAACACUAGAAGCUGAUGGAUCUGAAGGGGAAAAGAGAAGAUCGGAUCUUUAGUGCAUUCACUCCGCUCCUCUCCUGACCCGACACUACGCACUGAGAGAAGA